AUGCCGGAUAUUGAGACGGAGAGCGGGGCGGUAACGGAACCUGCUGCGGCAGCGGCGCGGGAUGUGGCGGAAGCGGAGAAUAAGAAUGCUGAAGGGGCCUUGGGGAAGCAAGAGGGGCUUGCGGCAAGCGGUAUCGCAGCGGAAGGGGGCGCGGGGGAUAUGGCGGAAGAGGGGGACGCGGAUGUUCAAGCGGGGGAGGAUGCGGGAGUAGCGGAGAGCGAGGACGCGGGGAUUGCGGAGAAUGCGGAGGCGGGGAACGCGGAGAAUGCCGAGGCGGGGAAUGCGGAGGCGGAGAAUGCGGAGAACGAGGGUAAGAGUGAGGAGGUGGACGAGAAUGGCGGGGGACAGAGCGAAGGGCGAGGGAAUCCGGAAAAUGGGACCGCCAGGUUACCCCCCCUCUCCUCAGGGCCAGGCGGAGAGGCCAUUGCUCGCGAGGCCGCCAGAUUCACCCCCCUGAACGGUUUCCUGCAGGGUCUGAAGGAGUGGCAGCGGCAGCAAGAGCAGGGGGGAGGGGAGGGGAGCAACAGGGGGGAAAAGGCGGAUGGAAAGGGGGAGGCCACUGGAGGGCGGUUGAGAGGUGUAUCUGGAGAGGAGGGUGUAUCUGGAGAGGAGGGUGUAUCUGCAGGGGAGGGUGUUUCAGCUACAGCCCUGUUUGCCCGUGUGGUGCAAGCAGACACACGGACCUGGGCCAUAGCGCAGGACAGCACCACCGCGCUCAUCAUUCGAGACGGUCACUACGGCUUUGACCCGUGCCGAGGGGAGCGCUGCAACUGGCAAAAUAUGCGAGUCGACUACAUCACGGCGAACGAGUCGGCCAUUCUCUUUCGUCCGGAGCUGAGGGGCCUGGCAGCCAACAUGUCUCAAUCCAUGAAUGCGGGGGACUAUGAUGCCGUGAGAGUGCGGAGGGGAGACAAGCUCAACACUGACAUGUGGCCGCAUGUGGCAAACGAUACGAGCCCUCCUGCGUAA